CAAUUAGGGUUUGUUAAUUGGUUCACAAGUCUCCUUCAAAGAUGAUCAUUUUGAUGAGCUUUGACGGCAAGACUUUUGAGGUCGAUGAGGCGAUGGCGCUAGAAUUGGAGACGAUUAAACAUAUGAUAGAGGAUGAUUGGGCUAACAACACCAUUCCUGUAGCAAACGUUACUGGAAAGAUCUUAGCCAAGGUCAUCGAAUACUGCAAGUGCCAUGUGGAGGUUUCUAAAGUUGAAGAUAAGAUUGCUAAAGAGGAUCUUAAGUCUUUUGAUGCUAAAUUCGUCAAAGUUGAGCAGGGCACCCUUUUUGACUCUUUACAAACUGCCAACUACUUAAACAUAAAGAGCAUGCUUGACCUGACAUGUCAGACAGUUGCUGACAUGAUCAAAGAGAAGACCCCUGAAGAGAUAUAUAAGACAUUCAACAUCGAGAACGACUUCACUCCUGAGGAAGAGGAAAAAAUUAAGAGGGAGAAUGCUUGGGCAGCUUAUGAUGCUUGUGGAUUAUCUGGUUCUGUUUAUCCCAGCAUUGCUCACUCCCCAUGGAAUGGUGUCCGCUUGGCAGACUUUGUAAUGCCUUUUUUCCUCUUUUGUUGUUAG